AUCAAACUUAAAGAAAAUAUUAGGAAAUCACUGACUUGUCCGAAGGGACAACUUUAGUCAUGAUUGAACGUCUGAAGAAGGUGAGCCUUCCAGCUCUCUCGGCAUUUAUCCUUUUUUGCAGUUACCACUAUGGCAGGAUCCUGGGAGUGAUUUGCUUUGACAUACGCCAAAGGACCUCGGACAAUUCCCUGGUGGUCCGCAAUAGGCAUCAAUUCAAGUGGUUCUGUCUGAGUUGCCGGCUCGUCAGUGUCACAGCCGUUUGCUGCUUCUGUGCCCCCUAUGUGGCGGAAAUCGAGGAUCCCUACGAGUGGUUGCUCCAAUGUUUCCGUCUUUCGGCCAGUCUCAUAUGCGGCACCUGCAUAAUAGUGGUCCAGAUCUGCUAUGAAAAGGAGCUGCUCCGCAUGAUCAACAGUUUCCUGCGGCUCUUUCGACGAGUCAGACGAUUGUCGUCCUCGAAACGGAUUGGAUUUGGAGGCAAACGGGAGUUUUUCUUGCUCCUUUUUAAAUUCAUCUGCCUGGUCUACGAACUGUACUGUGAAGUAUGCCAGCUAUGGCAUCUACCCGAUUUGCUAGCCUGGUUUAGUACGCUAUGUGAAAUAUUCCUGGAAAUUGGCUCUCUAAUGAUCAUACAUAUUGGAUUCGUUGGGUACCUCAGUGUAGCCGCUCUUUAUUCCGAGGUGAAUAGGUUCGCCCGUACCGAGCUACGUCGGCAAUUGAGAUCCUUGGAACGUCCUGCCGGAUGUCCUGUGGGUCGCAGGCAACUGAGGAUAGUGGAAUAUCGUGUGGAUGAAUGUAUAUCGGCAUACGACGAAAUCGAACGCGUAGGCCGCACAUUUCAUCGCCUCUUGGAACUGCCCGUACUUGUUAUAUUACUCGGAAAGAUAUUUGCUACCACAAUCCUAUCGUACGAGGUAAUAAUCCGGGCGGAGUUGUACCCCAGUAAAAUUGGAAUGUGGGGUCUGGUGGUGAAGAGCUUUGCAGAUGUGAUACUCCUCACCUUGGCGGUCCACGAAGCGGUCAGUAGUUCGCGAAUGAUGCGGCGCCUGAGUCUGGAGAACUUUCCGAUCACUGAUCACAAGGAGUGGCAUGUGAAGUGGGAAAUGUUCUUGAGCCGCCUGAACUUCUUUGAGUUUCGCGUUAGACCCCUGGGAUUAUUCGAAGUGUCCAACGAGGUCAUCUUGCUGUUUCUGUCAAGUAUGAUCACCUACUUUACCUAUGUGGUUCAGUACGGCAUUCAAACCAAUCGAUUGUGAGAUUAGACAGAUGUAAUUUAAAUAUUCCCUUAAUGUCUUUGUUGGUCCGGCACUUUAAUAUAUCUAAAAGUGAAAUAAAUAC